UUAAUUUUUCUCAUUUGUCUAACAUGACAUGCCAAGUCUUGGUCUGCAAACUGCAAAGGUUUCGUUAUUUGCCAUUUGCCAAGCAAGGAAAACAAUGACUUCUGGUUUUGACUUGUGAGCAUUUGCUAUCUUCAAUUAUAUAUAUAACAAGUAGAUUGAUCUCGAUCGUGCAAUGCCUCUUGCAUUUCUAAUGGAUACCUCAUUUUUCUUCCUUUUUCUAUGUCUAUUACAAACUCUUCCUCUAUCUUCCUCUAAUACUUUUGACACACUCAGAGGCACUUCUCUCUCUGUUGAGAACCCAAGUGACAUAUUGGUUUCAGCUAAUGGUGAAUACUCAGCUGGGUUUCUCCCAGUUGGGGACAACGCAUUCUGCUUUGCUAUAUGGUUCAACAAACCCACAGUUUUCACCGUCGUUUGGAUGGCAAACCGAGAUGGUCCUGUUGAUGGAAGAGGUUCACAACUCUCAGUUUUGAACGAAGGAAAACUUAUCCUGACCAACUCAGUUGGUAUCACCGUUUGGACCACUAUAACACCAGCCUUGACCUCAUCCGAGGCCACCAAUUUGCAACUACAGCUCCUGAACACAGGCAAUCUCGUUCUUCAUAAUUCCAAAAGUAUUGUCAUCUGGCAAAGCUUUAAUUCACCAACAGAUACUCUUCUUCCCCACCAAACACUCACCAUGGUUUCAAGCCUCAUCUCAAGAAGAAGCCAAGAUGACUAUUCCUCUGGCUACUACAAGCUCUUUUUUGACGAUGAUAAUGUGCUCCGCCUGCUCUUUCAAAGUCCAACAAUGACUAGUCUGUACUGGCCAGACCCUUGGGUUGAAGACCCCGGACAAGUUGGAAGGUCUAAGUACAAUACAAGUAGACAAGUACUACUAGAUGACUCAGGCUAUUUCCGGUCAUCUGAUGAUUUCACAUUCUUUGCAACAGAUUUUGGUGCAGUAACUCACAGACGAUUAACGCUUGAUCCUGAUGGCAAUCUUCGAUUAUACAGUUUGCAAGAGAUGAAUGGGAGUUGGGAUUGGGUUGUCACAUGGCAAGCCUUCUCUCAACCUUGCCACAUUCAUGGAAUCUGUGGACCCAAUAGUCUUUGUACUUAUGAUCAUGUUUCUGGCAGGAGAUGCUCUUGCUUGCAGGGCUUCAAGAUGAAAGAUCAUACUGAUUGGUCUUACGGGUGUGAACCAGAAUUCAGUCUCUCUUGCAACCGUACAGAUGAGGCAAGCUUUGUCCAAUUUGAACAUCUCGAAUACUAUGGCUCAGAUCUAAACUACUAUCCUAAUGUUACCUUGCAGCAAUGUCAAGAUAUAUGCAUGAAUUGGUGUAAAUGCAAAGGUUUUCAAUUUAAAUUUAGCAGCAACGGUACUGUUGGUGCAUAUAAUUGUUACCCCAAGUUUCUGCUAAUAAAUGGUCACCAAUCACCAAAUUUUGAAGGAGAUUUUUAUUUAAGAUUACCCAGAAUUGGUCUUUCCUAUAACAAGACUCCUGGUGAUGAAUUGAGGUUAGAAUGUUCUGACAAAAAAUCCAAGCAGCAAAGAAUAACAUACGAAAAUAAGACGGUAAAGCUUUUGCUUUGGUUUGCCACUGCUGUGGGAGGUAUUGUGGUGACCUGUAUUGUCCUGGUUUGGCUUUUCUUGUCAAGAAGUAGAAAAAAUUCAAACUCAGCAGCACAAGGUUACCUCCUAACUAAUAGAAUUCAACGAUUCACCUUUGAUGAGCUAAGGAAGGCAUCGCGAGGAUUUAAAGAAGUGAUUGGACAAGGAGCAGGAGGGAUAGUAUACAAAGGUGUAUUGCCUGAUCAGCGGGUUUCAGCAAUCAAGCGCCUCAAUGAAGCCAACCAAGGAGAAGCUGAAUUUCUAGCAGAAGUGAACACCAUUGGAAUGUUGAACCACAUGUACUUAAUUGAGAUGUGGGGAUAUUGUGUAGAGGGAAAUCAUAAGCUUUUGGUGUAUGAGUACAUGGAGCAUGGAUCUUUAGCUGAAAAUCUUAGUUCUAAUACACUUGAUUGGAAUAAGAGGUUUGAAAUUGCUGUGGGAACUGCAAAAGGCCUGGCUUAUCUACAUGAAGAGUGCUUGGAGUGGAUUUUGCAUUGUGAUGUAAAACCUCAAAACAUACUUCUAGAUGCUAACUAUCAACCAAAAGUAGCAGAUUUUGGCCUGUCUAAACUACUUAGUAGAAGUGCAAUUGAUCAUUUAAGCUUCUCCAAGAUGAGGGGCACUAGAGGUUAUAUGGCUCCUGAAUGGGUUUACAAUCUUCCCAUUACUUCUAAAGUGGAUGUGUACAGUUAUGGGAUUGUGCUAUUAGAAAUGGUAACUGGAAAGAGCCCAAGGGGCUUGCAUACCUCUGACAGUGGAGAGACAAGAGACCAUAAGAGGUGGGUCACAUUAGUAAGAGAGACUAUUGACAUUGAGAAUGCUACAAUGUCAUGGAUUGAGGAAAUUAUAGAUCCCAUGAUGGCUGGUAGAUAUGAUAAGGUUAAGAUGGAACUUCUGAUCAAAGUUGCUUUGCAAUGUGUGGCAGAAGAAAAGGAUGAUAGACCCACCAUGAACCGGGUUGUAGAAAUGCUUUUAAGCCAUGAGGAAUGAUGUUGUUGGAAAAGUAAUUUAAAAGAUCGUAUGUGUUUUUUCUUUUGUGAAAAACUAAUGUUUAUGAGCCGUAAUAAAGGGAUUUAAUAUUUAUUCGUCCUUCUACCUGCAAAUCUUGCAAGGUUACACGAUAGCCUUACACCAUGGGUGAGAUACGUUAUUAACAGCAAUAUUUUUAUAUUUGUUUUGAAAUCUGUAGAAGUAUACCC